AUGGGAAGGGUAAAAUUGAAGAUAAAGAAGUUAGAGCACACAGGUGCACGCCAAGCUACAUAUGCUAAAAGGAAAAAUGGGAUCUUGAAAAAGGCUAAUGAGCUAUCAAUUCUUUGCGACAUUGAUAUUGUUCUUCUUAUGUUCUCUCCUACUGGGAAAGCUUCGUUAUGUUACGGUAGACGAAGUAGCAUUGAAGAGGUGAUUGCUAAGUUUGCUCAGAUAGCACCGCAGGAUAGAACAAAAAGGAAGUUCGAGAGUCUUGAAAACUUGAAGAAAACUUUUCUAAAGUUGGAUCACGAUGUAAAUAUACGAGAAUUUAUAGCCUCGAGUUAUUGGACAGAACCAGAAAAGAUAAACAACGUUGAACACUUGGGGCAGCUCGAGAUUUCCAUCAGGCAAUCUCUUGAUCAGUUACGUGCGCAUAAGGAACAUUUUGGGCAGCAGCAGCAACACGCAAUGCAAAUCGAAAGCGCAAACUUUGUUAAAGAUUGGUCAACCUGCUCGAUGGAAAAUGGGAUUCAGAUUCCUUUAGAACAACAGCUUCAAUCUAUGUCAUGGAUACUUAAUAGCAACACCACCAACAUCGUCAAUGAGGAACAAAUAUCAAUCCCGCAGAGAGAAGUGGAGUGCUCAGCGAGUUCAUCAUUCGGGAGCUAUCCAGGCUACUUUGGAACAGGGAAAUCUCCUGAGAUUACGAUUUCGGGUCAAGAAACAAGCUUUCUUGAUGAACUAGCCAACACAAGCAACGGACAUCUGAAACCGCAGACAAACUCGCAGCAGCAGUUCACUAAUAUGAACAACAAUAUCACAUACAACCCAAAUCUGCAGAAUGAUCUGAAUCAUCUUCACCAAACGUUGCCUCCUCCUCAUCCUCCUCCGGUUUAUGACUUUCCGAUGAACCAGAGAGAGUACCAUAUGAAUGGAUUCUUCGAAGCACCACCACUUGGAUCUUCCGUUUACAACAACAACAACCAAAACAGGUUUGGUUCUAGCAGCAGCUCCUUGCCUUGCUCAGUCUCCAUGUUCGAUGAAUACUUGUUUUCCCAGAUGCAACAACCGAACUGA